UCUUACUUGUCCCUUCCUUCCUUCCUUCCUUCCUUCCUUCCUUCCUUCCUUCCUUCCACUUUCUUUCCUUUUCCUUAUUCUAUCCCCGGCGGAGCCAGAAGCCUCUCUUCCUCCACUUCUGCUUGACUUUGCUUUCAAAAAAGCCAGCUUAGCGCGCAAGGGAUGCGGAUCCGCAGGAACGGUUGCACCGGGAUGGAAGCGCGACAGGUCCGGUUCCUCCUGGCUUCGCUCCUGAUGCUGCUUCGAGUCCUGGAUCCCAAGGUUUUGGCACAUCAAGGUUGUGAACAUGGGCACUUCACCUCCUCUGGAGAGUGCUGCGAAGUCUGCCCUCUGGGUUAUGGGGCCACCGUUCCCUGUGGAAGCACCAACACUAAGUGUGAACCAUGCCAAGAAAGUGUCACGUUCUCUUCCACCAACAGUGCCACGGAGCCUUGCUGGUCAUGUUCCACAUGCCCAAGUCACGUGGCUGUACUGGAGACAUGCACCGCUGCCCGCGACACAGUCUGUGCCACCAGCUGCCCCCGUGGGCAUUACCUCCCUCCGGGAAACAGGAGCCAUCCCAGCGGGCAAUGUGUCCCUUGCCAGGUGUGCCCAGAAGGCUACGGGGCAACCAGGCCUUGCAGCCCCAGUGCCAACACUGUCUGCCAGAAAUGCCCUGAAGGUUAUUACUCAGAGGUGAAGAGUUCUUUUGAGUCCUGCCUCCCCUGCCAGCAGGAGUGUGGCCAGAAUGAAGUCAUGAUCCAGGCUUGCACCCCUCUUUCGGACACUCUGUGCAUGGACAAGGAACUGCAAAUCCUGAAGCGGACCGAGGGAGAGCCCCGGAAGGAUUUCCCCAAAAGGACACCCCAUUUCGAUUUGGAAGGCAGCGUUUCCCCCAAUACUUCCACCUUGGAGUUCGUCCCUCCGUUAGCCGAGGACAACAGCAAGAACAUCAUCCCGGUCUACUGCUCCAUCUUGGCCGCGGUGGUGGUCGGACUCCUUGCCUACGUGGCCUUCAAAUGCUGGACUACAUGUAAGCAAAAGCACCAACUGGCCAAGGCCCGGGCAGGAGAGAUGGUGACAUCCCCUGAAGGCGAGAAGCUUCACAGCGACAGCGGGGUCUUCCUUGAUACUCACAGCCUCCAGGAGCACCACCCGCUCAACAAGGCACACAAGAUUGAACCCCGUCUGUACACGAAUCUCCCACCCCAGAAGCAGGAAGAGGUGGAACAGCUGCUGGAGGCUCCCCCCCAUGGCAAAGACUGGCGCUGCCUGGCCUAUCACUUGGGCUACGAGGAAGAAACCAUUGAUACCUUUGGCAGAGGGGAAGCCCCUGCCCACACUUUGCUGUCUGAUUGGUCAUCCAAGGAGGGGGCCACGCUGGAGGCCCUGAGCACGGCUCUGGGGGCCAUUGAGAGGCCAGACGUGGUGGAGAACUUGAACGCCCCCACCGAGGUCAGCUCUGUGGUGUGAUGGAGCCCCUGGCCCAACGGGUGGACCUUUUGGAGCUAUUAUUGUUUGCUGUUUGAGUUUGACUAAAAGGGUGGGGGGACAAAGGGAAAAAGCCAAGGAAAGACAGGGACAGGGGGACCUAUUUUGAUUUUAAAAAUGCUGUAAAGUGUUUUUUAAAGGGGGGGGGAGUGAAUGUUUGAGUAUACAACUUGAGCAAGAGUGGACUUUGCUGCGGUCAGUGAGCAUCAACAUGACCUUCUGGAUGGAUGACCUGUGGGAAUGCUGAAGAGAUGAAACUGUAUUGUAUGGAGAGGAGAAAAAACUCGCUUUCUGAUUUGGGGACUUCCAUGGUCUAGAGAUCAUGUUGGUUGAUAUCUGUGUCUUUUAUCUGGGGAUGUGUUAAUAAGAACUCUUCCGUUGCAGCACAUACUUAGAGUAAAUGUCCUUUAGGUGUCUCUUCACAAUCUUUUAACUAGGCUGUGUGUAGAAGGCAUAUAGCAAUAGGGCCAGAUAUGACAUUGGAUGCAGAAGUCUCCCCCAUGAUGAGCAAAACUAGAAGAAAUUGUACAAUUCAAAAAGAAAAAUGAGAGCUUUCAAUGGAGGAUUAAUUACUCUUUUGCCGGGAGAUUUGGGAAACUGCCUCAUCUCUAUUUUAAAAAGUUGUUGCAGGAAAGAAAUUGGAAUCUGGAAGUAUAUCACUUUCAUAUUCAGCUUCAUCCAUCCAUCUUCUCAAAUUUCUUUUGGUGGGGAAAGUUGGCUAUGGCCACAUUCUCCACCAAAAGCUGUGUUUUGUCAGGUGGCGCUGCUUUGCUCCAGGCGAUCAGUGGACAUAGGUUGAUGCUGCUUUGGGUGAUAUGGAAAAUGCCUCAGCAUCUUUCUAUCUAGG